CCAUCGAUAGUUUUGCACCUCUAAUUUAAUAUGUCUUGAUCAAAACAAAGUUGAAAAAAAUAUUAAAGGAGCAUAAACUGAAGUAUAUUCGUAAUUUAUUUACUACGGAAGGAAAUUACUAAUUGUUUAUCAAACUAUUAACAUUAUGGGCAGAGAAAACAAACAUAGUUAAAUUUAUAGUUUGCAAUAAUAUGGAUGAAUUUCAUUUCGCUCCACCAGCUGCUGCUGCUAAUGGUGAUCCAGCUAUACAAACGCGCCACCUAAUACUUCAAAACUACCUAAAUUCCCUUCGUCAUUUUCGCAAUUUAGCAGAAAAGUCAUUCCAAGUGCGACCUUUCUAUUUCGAUAAUUACGUGCUAUGGCAAUAUUUUAUACAACGUAGCUCAAUGGAAUCGGAACGUGAUUUGGAUAUUGGGAACUAUUCUACAUCAUCAUCUCUAGCCUUUCUUAAGCUAGAACUGCUAAAUCAGAUUCUUGAUCGUCGUCGCCAAAUUCUUUAUUGGCUAUUUUAUCUUUUAUUAGUUUCCUUCUGCGUUUUUGCUUAUCGACAUCGUAAUGACUCACUAUCCCCGGGAACAUCACCAUCGCAAUCAACAGGAGACAGUGGGCAUUCCUCUAUCUAUCCCAGCAUGCGGAUGUGGCGCCGAAUCACUCUGCCUUUGAUACAACGUUUCCCACGACUUACAGAAUUAUACGAUGAGUCGUGCCUCAUGCAGAAUCCUUUCUUCCAAGGUAUCGAUUCUCUUAGUUGCGAUCCUUGUUCAAGUGUGCAGAGUGUACUGGAAUUGACAACAGUGGGUUCUGAAGAUCCCAGCAAUACUCAUAAUGAAAAAAAUAAAAGUGAUGAUUUAUCCGAUGUGUCAAAUGAGUUUGUGCCUUUUGUAUUUAAGAUAAAACAAGAUCCUAUUCAACUCGACGACUUCUACAAUAUUUACGUUAAUAAUCAAGAGAUCUUCCUGCGUGAUGCAUAUCGCGUACAUUCGACUUAUCGCGAUGUUACCAACUUGGAAGAGCUUUUCAGCAAAUUCAAUCACUCUCAGCACAACGAAGAGUCCAUACAGCCCUUAGAGGCGCAUAACUUAUGGCGCUGUAAUCGCAUGUUGCCAGCACGUCUACUGCGUAAACUUUUCGCCAGCCCAACCCUGCGUUUGUCCCGUACUGGUAUUGCGUUAGAACGGUACAUGGCCAUCGAUACGGCUCAAGCUCCGGGAUACACUUUGCCUGACACGGAAUGUGCAAAUGUAUAUGUGCAACAAGCUCUUGGAACUCGCUAUAUAUUUCUGCGUCCAACAAGUGAAUGUCGACAUCUCUGUCGAACUUUGUCAUUGCGUUUACCACAAUCAUUCGUGCUCAGCUACAACUGGUUAUAUUGGAAACCUAUUUCUGCUCCGGAUCCUGUAGCAGAUACUUUCUCAAUCACACUAAUUGGGUCUUAUUGUUAAGGACAAGUGUCAUAAUCGCUUAAAUAUAUAUUUACAAUUAAAAUUUAAGUUAGAAAGCCCAGUAAAUAUGAUGAAAAGAAAAAAAUCAAUCGCACAGCAUACCGUCCAUCCGUUCAUGGACGAAAGGGCAUUACAGUUUGUAACUAAUGAAAAAGCAAAGCUUAUCUCAUUUGACAUUCGAGAUAAAUCAAAUGUCUGCAUAAUCUAAUUGCGCUAUGUAACAAAGAAACUGUAUUAGUAAUUGCUUACCCAAUUUUUGGAAAAAAUAUUACCAAAUAUUUGUGAUAGCAACAUCUUAGGGUUUAUAAAUAGGAAAGGGAAUAAAAAAUUAAUAUUCUGUCGGAACGAAGUCCAGGCUUUAAACUUUCAUUCUAAGUAUAUACACUGCCGGAACAAAGUAUUGGCACAGCAAACUUUUCGCAAUAAAUGCAACAAUUUUCAUUCUAAUAUUU